CUGGGCCACAUGGGAUCCAGGUGUGGGGGGAGGGGAGGAUUAGAACUCGGAGCCUGCUGUUGUCCUGUUGCUUAGAGCUAACACCCGGCGCAGAGGAUUCUGGACCAAAAGCACAGUCCCCCGCCUCUGCCGGGGUCCCUGCGCACCCCCCUUCUGCCCCCAGGACCUUAGCUCCCCGCAGCCCGGCUUGCGGCUCCGAGAUGGCCGGGGUCAGGAGCCCACAGUGCUCCCCUUUGGACGAUGGACCCCGGUUCACGAGGUCGCCCACGGAGGUCGAAUCAGCAGCCCAGGGAGGCCGUCGGGUCCCAGCCUCUCACCUCCCUCCGGUCAACUCCACAGACCAGCAGGAGUUGGACUUCUCGCCCACCAGGCUUUUGUCUUGCCACCAGACCCCGCAGGGAGAGUUUCCACCACCCCCGAGCCUCUGGAUGCCUCGGCUCCUGCCCCCCAGGCCCGUCCCGCCCUGGAUUCUGCCCAGACCCUCCGCACGCUCGGCUCAGCGCUCGGCCUUCGAGGAGGGGGAUGAGGAGAGAAGCUCCCGGAACAAGACCGAUGAUGGCGGAGUUGAUGAUCCCACCCACUUCCUCAACUAUUACCGGCGCCGCAGCAGCCUGGCGCCCCCCAUCUGGAGUCGCUCUGCUCACCUGGACCCCCGCUGGGACCCUUUAAAGUGGAAGAGGCUGCAGGAUCUCGCCCAGAGUAUGAACUCCCCAGUGGAAGACCAGCAGUACUAUGCGGCUCAGGCCCUGGGCUGCCUGGGAGUCAGCGAAACGUUUGUCCUGGACGCACUCUGGACCGCAGCUCAGAAGAGGAGUGGAAAGGUGCGGUAUGAAGCCUGCAGGUCCCUGGCUAUACUGGGAUGUCUGCACAGACGGGUGAUCCUGGAAUUGGUCAACCACCUGGAGGACCCGAGGCUGGACCAGAGGCUGGACACCCUGAAGGGCCUGAGCCUGGCCCUCAACAUCUGGGUCAAGGGCUCCAUCAAUAAGCGGGAGCCGGUGGGAGCCAAGGCCAGGCUGAGCCAGGUGCUGGAGCAGCUGGUGGACGGCCAAGAUCCUGGGGACGACGUGGCCCUGGAGGCGGCCGUCUGCCUGGGCUUCCUCGACCCCCAAAACGCUCUGGCCGAGCGCUUCCUGGUGCAGUGCCUUACCAUCGGGGACAAGAAGAGGAGGAUGAAGGCGCUGAUGCUGUUGAUCAGGCAGUUCCAGAUGGGCACGGAGGCCGUCAUCCACGCUGCCAUGUAUCAGCUCCGCCACUCUUGGCUCGUCCAGCACCGCAUCGAAGCCGCCGGCCUGUUGCAGUCCAUCGGGUUGUCGCAGAUCCAAGAGCACGGCAUGGAGGAGGAGGUGUUCAAACUGCUCUUGGAGAAAGUGUACGACGAGCCCUUCCUGGAGGUGAGGCAGGCAGUGGUGGAGGCUGUGGAGAGUUUCCAGAUGAAGUCACGGAUGUUGGACAUCGUGGAACUGCAGGUGGAGGACACCGACACCAAGACCCGCCGGCAGGCUGUCCUCUCUUUAGGCGUCCUGGGCAUCCGAACCCCCCGUCUGUUCCAUUAUCUGCUGGACAUGCUGGACCUGGAGAAGAGCGAACAAGUGCUUGUGGAGCUCAACCGCAUGUUCGCGGCCUUGGCCAUGCGCGACCCCUGGGUCUUGGAGAAGUUGAAGAGCCGGCUGCCCCGGGUGGAGAAACCUCUGGAAACAUCGGGGCCCUCCCUCCUCAGGACGACCCAGGGGAGCCUGCCCACGAGGGAGUCGCCGGGCUCGUCCAUCCCUCAGCUCUCGCCUCAGUCCACGGAGUUUCAUCAGGCCUCGCCCAAGUCGCUGGACUCGUACGAGUUCGUGGCCCUGAGGCAGUCGGCUUCCGUGAGGGACUUGUGUCCCCAAACCGGGCAAGGGUUGGCGCAGUUCCACCCCCUGGGGAUCUCGGAUCCCUGGAUCAUGGCCCAGCAGGCCUUCUGCCUCCUGAGGUCCAGCCGGGCUAUCUCCGAGCUGCCCAGACUCCACCUCCCCCAGCUUCUUCAGAGACGAGGAACCUCGGGACAGUGACUGAACCACAGCGAGACUCCAGCUUCCAGGGGCUUCAGAGGGAGAAGCCCACCGGGAGGACACUGGCCGGACAUGAACCUCACCCCAUCCAUCGUCCACUCUCACUGUCCAUUCCUGUUUGGAUGAGAACAAUCUGGAAUUUAUGGAA